GACGCCACAGGUGACUUAGUUCGGUAGACAGCCGUCGCGCGCAGCGCCAGUGAGUUCAAGAUGGCGGAUGAGAGCCGCACGCGUUGAAGUGUCACCCUAUCAAAAUGUCAACACAGAGGGCGGCGGGGAGUGCGAAAAAAAGGGGACACCAACACCACCCCAGGAACGAAGGUAACAGAAGAAGAAUGGCCCUCGAGGAAAGCCUGCUGAUGAAACAGAGCGAGUUUGGUAGAAAUAUCGCAGUGACAGUGCAGAAGUCAACAAUAACAAACGAAAACGUAGCAAAAGAAAGCAGUGCCGCAGCUGGGAACAACCCGAUAACCCAAAAAGUCAACAAUUGUGAUAUUGAAGUGAUAGAUUUAACCAAUUGUGAUGACGACGUAAUCCCUAGUAGUAGUAAUAGUAAACAGAUAGACGAAAAUAAUAGCGACAGUUCCGCAAAAAAUGUCAAAGACGACCGUAGCAACAAAACACGCAAACCUAAGAAACAGAAAGUGGUCAAAGUAGAAGAGCCUGAGCAAGACAUGUCCCUCGUCCACCGACCCGAAGCCGAAGGGUCCAGCCUCAGUGAUCAGGAACAGGAGGAAUCCGUCCUGGAUCCUGAAAUGGAAGAAUUAUCGAAGCUCCGCUGUACGUCUGAAAUGACUGAAGUGGUAGCCGAGAGGGAGAAACGUCGCAACAGGCGGUGUGCCGACUAUCCAGGUCUGGCUUUUAGCUCCAUAUUCAGCUCGGACACGCUGAUGAGGUUCACCUUGAUCAGAAACGAGCUCCAGAAUAUUAUGAAUACGCAGCUCAAGAGGGCUGAAUCUGAAGUCGCUGCCCUCAACCGUCGUAUCCAACUUUUGGAAGAAGACUUGGAACGUUCCGAAGAACGUUUAGCCACAGCCACUGCCAAACUGGCCGAAGCUUCUCAAGCUGCUGACGAAAGCGAAAGGAUACGCAAAGCCUUAGAAAACAGGACGAACAUGGAGGACGACAGGGUGUCUCUUCUGGAACAGCAGUUAGCUCAAGCCAAACUUAUAGCGGAAGAAGCUGAUAAAAAAUACGAAGAGGUCGCCCGAAAAUUGGUGUUGAUGGAGCAGGAUCUGGAAAGGGCAGAAGAAAGGGCCGAACAAAGUGACAGCAAAAUCGUGGAACUUGAAGAAGAACUUCGCGUUGUAGGCAACAACUUGAAAUCCCUCGAAGUCUCCGAAGAGAAGGCUGCUGUCACGAGAGAGUACAGUGAAGACAAAAUCCGUAGCAUCUCUGAUAAAUUGCGUGAAGUAAGUUGGUUUUGGAAUGUUGGAACUCUUGACGUCGAGAUAUUUUCCAAAAAAAAAAAUGCGUGCCCGAUCCUCGAAAUUGGAACGGAAAAAGUAAAAUUUCUAAAUUAGUACCUCCUUUUUUUG